AAUAUUAAAGUUUUUUUUUUUGGCCAUCAUAUAUAAAUUUAAUAUCCAGUCUUAGACAUCACCAAUAAACCCAAGAUAUCACUCGUGAUACUUAGUUAAAAUUUUUUUUGUUAUAACAUGUGAAAUCAUAUCUUUCCAAUCUUGACAUCAGUAGCUGCAAAUAUAUCAUCAAUGCUAAUGUUUUUUGGCUAUCAUAUAUAAAUUUAAUAUGAGAUACCAGUCUUAGACUUCGCCAAUAAACCCAAGAUGUUCUUUUAGAUGUCACUUCUUUUUAAUAACAAGUAACUUUUCAAAUGAUCGAAUUCAUCAAGUGCGAUCUACUUUUAAUGUGAUUUCUAUUUCAAAUGAACGUUUUAAAAAAACUUUGCUCCUUUUUUUUAACAAUUAUAAUCAAAGUUCGCGGUUUGUCAAAACAAAGACUCAAUGGUAUUGUUCGUGCACGUCCUAUACCAAGUCAUUAUUCUGCAGUAAGUCGAACUGUUUCCGUUUUCUUUUAUCUCGAAACUUGUAUUCACUGCUAAGGUCC